AUGAACGGCGGCAGCAUAAAUCCUGGAAGGUCACAUAUUUGUGUUGCAAUGGCUUCAGACAUGACAUCUACUGCAACUGCCAAGGAGGUAAACAUCGGCGACCUGCUCACCUCCAGAUCUUCCACCUACCAGGUUCAGUCUUUCCUGGGCCAGGGCACCUCUGGCAAGGUUGCAAAGUGUGCAAGAAUUGGUGACAAGAAAACAGUCGCCAUCAAAAUGAUAAAAAACCAUGGCUCCAACAUCCAGAUGGCAAAAGAAGAGGUUGCCACUCUAAUAAAACUAAAAUCACUGGAUCCGGAUAAGUGCAACUUGAUUUGCUGGCACCAGGAUUUCGUUUCCAAAGGACAAAUUUGCCUCAUGUUCGAGCACCUGGAUAAAAGUCUUUUUGACUUCAUGAAGGGGAGGAAUUUUCAACCUCUCCCUCUGAUGGAGAUCAGACCAAUUGUACAGCAGCUCGCCAAUGCACUAAACAACUUGAAGACAGUUGGAGUAAUACAUGCUGACCUCAAGCUGGAGAACGUGAUGUUGGUAAACCAUGCCCAGGAGCCUUUCAGAGUGAAACUCAUCGACUUCGGUCUGGCCUGUAAAGUGUCAGCUGCCAGGCCGGGUGCUCACAUUCAGACCCGUCCGUACAGGUCUCCGGAGAUUAUUCUAGGGCUCCCGUUCACAGAGGCCAUAGAUAUGUGGUCUCUGGGCUGCUUGGCUGCUUCCCUUUACACCGGCACUCUAAUGUACCCCGGCUUGAAUGAAUACGAUAUGAUGUGGUACAUCGUAGAGACUCAGGGUCAACCACCGGACAACCUCCUCGACCUCGCACCAAAGACUGCUUGUUUCUUCAAGAGACUCCCUGACUCCACUACCGGUGGCAAGAAAUAUCAACUGCUGACACGAGAGGAGUUCAAAGCCAAGACAGGGAUUCAGCCAAUGGCGAACAGGAGAAUGAAGUUCAGAUCUCUACAUGACUUGCUGCGCGUCCGGGUCAUCAACUCCCAGAAUCCUGCAGAUAGGGCUGCAGAAAAAGCUGACCUGCGGAUGUUUGUAGACAUGCUGGUCGGAAUGCUCCAGAUCGAUGCUGCCAAGAGGAUCACACCCCAUCAGGUGCUAGAGCAUCCGUUCAUCAACAUGGGCCACUUAGUGAGCAUGAAAUCUGGCAGCUCCUAUGUCAAGUCCUCUUAUGAGAUAAUGGAAGCUUGUCAGAAAAAGACCACAACUUCUAGCAGGGUGAGUUCUCUGAGUGGGUCUCAGCAGCAGCCCUUGUCUGGGACCAGUCAUCGUGUCCGGCAGAACCUUCCUCAUCCUUCUGCUGAGAGGAGGAGCCAGACCCAACCUGGCAACAUCCACCCCCGUCCCUGCACUAGUGCCCAGACCACUAGUUCAGCCAAGUCAGGGAUGAAAAGAAAGAUAUACGAAGAAGAUGAGACCUUGCAUCUGGCCAAAAGGGUCAAGACUGAAUCGCACAGAUUCUGGAUCCCCCUCCCUGCUCACCCUCCUCGACCUUUCAGCGGCUUUUGA